UGAUGGUCUCGGUGGAACUGUUAAGAGGCUCGUUUGGUCAGCAGUAUUGGCAGGUGAUAAUUGUAAAUCAGCGGAAGAUUUUGUUAAGUUAGCGCAACAGAAAACAAAGAAGAUAAUUAUAAUUGAAAUUGCGAAAAACGAUAUUGAUAAUUCAAAAAUAAAACUAGAAAAUAUAUUUAAAGUAGCUAAAUCUGUACCAGAAACAGUCAAAACACAUUCUCUAAAGCGGUUGUUUGUAAAUACAUGUUGUGUGAGUGUGAGUAUGUUUUUAAUGUUGAAAGCCGGCAAAAAAGAAAAUGUUGCCUUGGUCAGGGUUCUUGACGAUUAG